UCACGGGGAGAGGAGGCAAUUUAUCCCGGGGCAUUGCCCGACCUGGUCCUGGCGGAGAUGCCCCGAGCCCCGGGCUGACCGGCACGGCACGGCACGGCGCGGCUCGGAGAGCGCGGGCGGCUGGGAAGCGAAAGGGUUAAGCCUCCCCUCCACCGCCCUCCUCUCUCGCCAGAGAAUAAGCGAUCGCACGAAGCGUUUCUGAGGAGGCAGGCGGCGAGCAGGCCCGUGGCAGGGGAUCCAUGGCUACCUCGGGGCUUGUCACCCCAGCGCUGCCCCUCUCCUGCCGCCGGCGCGGGCCGCCACCAGGCACUUGCAAUCAGUUUUUCCAAAGGUUAGCCAAGGUCCCCGCUCCUCGCAGACGGGAGGCAUUACGAAACUGCCUUUGUAUCUGCAGGAACUUACACAAAAAACAGGCGAGAAGGAGGAGAGGGAGACAGAGCAGCUCUCUCCAGGCGGGGAGCGAGCCCGGGCGGCGGGCCGGGGGCUCCCCCCGGGUGGCUGUGGGGACCCCCAGGUUCAGCUCUCUCGGCCAGGGCGGCUCGCCCGCGGAAGAGCCGGGGUAGCCCUCCUCGCCAGCCGCCCCGAGCCGCCCGGUGCUCGUCCGGUGCCGGGAGAAGCAGCCGGCGGCGAAAAUGGAGCGGGAGGAGGGAAAAGUGCUAUCCGGAGAGCUGUUGUGACAGAUGCUAAGCUUUGCCCUACGCGUGCUGGUGAGAGAAGGAGUUAAAAGCAAGCUGCUUUUUCGAUCGAGCUGCUUCCCCGAGCGUCGGAAGGAGCGGCUUGCUAGAAAGCCGUCCAUCAGCAACCAGUCCAACCUGCCCGUGAUAAUAUGCGAUCAACACCAAAUCACCCCCGCUAGGCACGAUCCAUCAUCGCUACGAUGCAAUGGGCCCUUGUAUGGAUGUGUCUACACGGGGGGCGGGCGGGGAGAGAAGGGGAGGGAGCGGAAAAGAGAGAGGGAGAGCGUGUGUGGAUGUGUGUGCGAGGGGGGGACCGCAUCAUUCACCGGAAUGGGAAUCGCCGCCUCCCCCGGUUCCCGGCGAACGGAGCUGCCCGAGCCAGCGGAGCCGAAACUUGCUGGGCCGGGGCUGAGCGCGGAGCCUGGCACACGGCCCCGCCGCCGCCUCCGACUGACAUCAGCCUCCCCUCCCCCUCCCCGCUCCUCCUGGGCAAGCUUGACUGGCGUAAAAUUAAUAAUUAAUAGGGUGAAAUUGAUUAAAGGGCUGGGCGCGAGAUGGGGGCGCUCGGAGAGCCCUUCCCCUCCCCGGUCGCUCCGCAUCCGCCUCCCCGCCGGCAGCGGCCCGGCAGCGGGGACUGGCCGCCGCCGGCGAGCCGGGGGAGCUCCGGGGCAGCUCAGCCCGAGCAGGAAGGAAAAGGGCGGCGGGGACCGGGGAGGAGGAGGAAGGCGGCGGCUGCAGCAGCCAGCCCCGCUGGGUGGCUGGCUGUAACCGAGAUCGGCCGCACGGGCAGCGGCGGCGGCAGGCGGGGGCUGGCCCGGCUCGGCUCGGCUCAGCGCAGCUGGGUUGUGUGCGUGCGUGAGUGUGUGUGUGUGUGUGUGUGUACAAAGCCGGGUCCCGGGAACUGCCCGAGGGCGGUGCUCGGCAGCACAAGGCCAAACCCCCCGGGCCCCCCCGCUUCUCCCCCACCGCGAUCAGUCUCUGCCACGGAGGGAGUGGGGAACCGCAGGGGACGCGGCCGGGCCAGCGCACGCCUCAGCCUCCAGCCCCGCGGAGGACUGACAAGCUCCAAGGGGGAGGGAGAGGUGAGAAAACUGGCUCUGCAGUCAAUCUGGACCCAAGCAGGGAGAAACAGAGGAACUGCGAGCUGA